CGCGCCGCGGGAUGGCGACCUUUUUGGCGGCUCAACUCCGUCCGUGUCCGUCGCCUCUAUAUAGCCCGGCUCCACACUGCAUGCUGCGCAGACACGCUAGUCAACCCGCCCACGUCUCCCGGUCCCCACCGCCUCUGCCGCGGCGCGCGCAGGGAAAGGAUGCCCACGCCUCGCCACGGCCGCGCGCUGCUCGCCGCGCUGCUCGCGUCAGCGCUCGCCGCGGCCAGCCCGCAACCCUCGCCGCCCGGCAUCUACGAUGACUACAUGUCCGGCCAGGUGCACGUCAGCAAGGCCAUGAUCGCGCUCCUCGCCGCCGUCGUCGCGGUGUUCGUCUUCAUCGCCUUCUUCACCGUCUACCUCCGCCACUGCUCCGGCGGCUACGCGCUCAGGCGCGACGACGACCGCGGCGCCGCCCCCAAUUUCGACGCCUUCAUCUCGCGCUCGCGGAGGCAGCGGCGCCCCCACGGGCUCGACGCCGAGGUGGUCGAGGCGUUCCCCACCAUGAAGUACGCCGAGGCCAGGGCGCUGCAGGUCGGGAAGGGCGGCGCGCUCGAGUGCGCUGUCUGCCUCAGCGAGUUCGAGGACGAGGAGCGGCUCAGGCUGCUGCCCAAGUGCAGCCACGCCUUCCACCCGGAGUGCAUCGGCGAGUGGCUCGCCAGCCACGUGACCUGCCCCGUCUGCCGCUGCAACCUCGACCCUAACAAGGAUACGAGUAGCGACGAAGACGCGAGCUUCCCGUCGAUUCCUGUAGCGAGCAGCAUCUCCAGCGAAACAGCGGUUGAACGGAUGGGUGAUGGUCCGCUACCAGUGGCCGGGGUGAUCGAUGUGGUAACCGAGGAGGAGGAAGAGGAGCGGAGGCAGGAGGCGCUGGAGCUGCAGCAGAUAGGGACCCAGCGGCGAGCCAUGCGGUCGCGGUCGGGCCGCCGGCCGGCGCCGACGCAGCUCGCCCGAUCGCACUCUACGGGCCACUCCCUCGCCGUCCGGCUCGACCGCGACAUGGAGCGGUUCACGCUGCGGCUGCCGGAGCACGUGCGCAGGGAGAUCGUCGCCGCCGGCGAGCACAGCUCGCAGUUGCGACGCGGGCGAAGAGCCGGGGAAGGAAGCAGCCGCGGCGGCCGCAGCGCCCCCCUCGGCCGGGCGGGCAGAUGGCAAUCGCUUCUUGCGAGGACGUUCUCCGGGAAGCUCUCGUUCUUUUCGGCGUCCAGGAUGACGGUUAGCUCCGACAGGGGAGAAGUGUCUUCCACGUCGUCCACGAGGCUUAGAGGGAAGCGCGUAGCCGCCGUCGAUGCCGCCGACGUUCCUACUAAGGCGAGCGUCCGCCUUGACCGCAUUGGAGGCAGCGUGUCCGGUGCAAAAGCUGGCGCUGCGUCCGGCGAGGCGGCGGCGAAGGCGGCGGAGGCGGACAAGGAGAAGGCGGUUACGCAGCAGCUUCCGACGUAGAACGGGAACAGCAGAUUUGAACGUAGAAACUUGAAAGUUAGUCUUCUUUCACACGCGAAAGAAAAUGGGGUUCUUUCGGUCUUAUGGGCAACAGGGUGCUGAUUUCCUGCUGUAAUCGUCCUACUGCUCGAAAUGAACUUGAGAAUUGAGAUGUUCAAAAUGUAAUUAUAAUUUUGUACAGCAGCAGAACCAUAAGGCAAAAGCCUUAGACAUGGCUGAACAAAUGUUUGGAUUUUCUUCUCUGUUUAUGUGUCGUCUGAGUUCUGAAGUUGUGUACUUGUGCUUUACUUUGUACCCCGGAUCCGUUCCGUUGCUAUGCACUUAAGCAGA